AAAGCCGGCUGCUUUCCUUUUAGCUUGCCCGGCCUGAGCCGCUUCCUUCGCCAUGGAUCGCCGCGCUUCGGCGGUCUCCGGCGCCAUGGAUCCGAUGGAUCCGCGGCGAGCGAAGGGCCGCAGCAAGCGGGAGCUGGCGCGGUGCAUCGAGUGCUUCGGCACCAGCUUCCGCGCGGAGGGGCACAUCCAGGUGUGCGUCGCCUGCGGCGCCGUCGACACCACCUCACGCAUUGAGGUCGCGGAGUCAGAUGCGGAACCGGAUCGCCACAUUCAGACCAUGCGUAUCGGGCAGCAGAGCCAGGAGGACAAGAACUUGGCCGCGAGGCAAGCGAGCCGCCUGCACUUGAUGAGCCUAAGCCUGGAGCAGCGCCGCAAGAAGCAGGCGAAGCUGCAGGGCAAGAUGCUGGCGUACAAGGACAUGACCAGAUGGGCUGAGAUUCAGCUGAUCUUCCUGGAGAUGCUUCACGUGGCCGCGUUGGUUUGGGAGCAGCCCUUGUAUGCGCUGCUCGAGACCGGCAAGGACUUGUGGCAGCGCUACUUGCGGCUCCUGCAAGGCCCGCCAGCCGACGCUCCGAAGCCCAAGUCUUCGGACAUGAGCGGCGAAGGGGCCGGCGAGAGGGCAUCGGAAGGCGCUUUCCAGAUUUUCCCCCCGCCGCAGCUGAAGGUCGUGACCCUGGCGGCGCUCCUGUGGCUGGCGCUGUGCGCCUGCCGCGCGGCACCCAUCUUUUUGGGGGAGCUGGUCGCGGCCCUGCACCAGCAGGGUCCCUUGGCGUACCUGGUGCCGCGCUUGGAUGCCUUCACCAGGAAGCCGCGAGAGCUGAUGCUUGCGAGGGAGGACGGGCCGCGCUACAAGGAGGUCGCGGAGGCGCUGCACCGGCUGCACCUCUGCGGCCUCGCCGGCCCUGGCCCUAGCGCCCACAGCCUCGCGCUGCGCCUCGCGGCGCGGCUGGAGAGCUCCGCGGAGGUGCUGAAGUCUGCACUCACCUGCUGCACCUUGCUGAACCAGGGCGGAUGGAAAGCGGCAGCCCUUCAACUCCGCAUCCGCUGCGGCACCUCCACGCGCCCGGAUGCGAUCGCAGCCGUUGCAGUACUCGCGGCGUAUUACAUGCAGAUACCCAGGAGGAGGCGCUUUCAACACUGGACGAGGCUGAUGAAGCAGCGGACGACGCCGGCGCACCUCGCGAAGCGGCCGCCUCCGCCGAAAAAGCCGAGGGCGAAGGGGAAAGCUUUGGCGAAAGCGAAGGCGAAACCGUGGCAGAGGGUGCGCAAACAAACGCCAGUCUUCGAGAUGAGGAAGAAGGAGAUCCAACGCGGCAUCAGGAUGCUGCGGGAGGAGCGGCUGGAGGAAGCUGAGGACGCGGCCGCCGCGGCCGCGGCGGCCGCGGCCGCGUCCGGCGCCAUCCCCACGGUCCCGGUGAAGUACUCCUCCCAGGUCGCCGAGAAGAAGGGCACGGAGCUGGCCGCCCACACCGCCACGGAAGCCCAGCACGAGGAAAGCGCGGCCGUGGUGCCGCUGGGGAAGAAGUGGGAGUUGCCGCUGCUGCCGGCAGUGGAGCAGGGGAUGUUUGCGCGGAAGCUGACGGAGUCUUGCGCCUUUCUCCGGCCGAAGGCGGAGUCGGAUCUGGUGGAGCGGCUGCAAAACGGCAUGCUGGAGCUAGAGGAGGAGGCCUCCGAGGCGGCCUCGCCCUCCUCGCCCUCCGACGAGGCCGAAGCCUCCGGCCCCGGCUCCGUGCGCGCGCCGAGUCCCAGCGCCCCCGCCUGGAUACAUCAGCUGGAAGUGCGGCCGUCACUCAAACGGAAGACCGGGAGGAAACAGAAGGCAAGCUCGGCAAGGAAAAGGAAGUUCUGGAAGGGGGAGAAGAAGGAGGAGGAGGAGGAGAAGGAGGAGGAGGAGGAGAAGAAGCACGGCAAGAAGAGGAAGAGGCGAAAGACACCGACGGAGGUGUGGUGCCUACCUUUCACUGAGCACCCACAAGAAGUGCAGGAGACGCAGUGGAAGCAGCCUCCCGGUGUCCACAAGAAGAUCAUCGAAGGCUUCAAAGCUCAAGGCGCGGAGGAGUUCGAGAACAAGCACCCGCACGCGGAGGAGGCAGAGAAUUCGAUCCAGGAGACGGUGUUGGCGCGAGCCCACGUACAGCAAUGGCAGCACCUCCCGGGACGAACGCAGGCACUACCUGACUAUCCUCUUCGUUUGUACUUCGACAAACUGAAGCUGUGGUACAGGGUAUAUGAUGGACCUGAUGAGUGUGUCGGGCCUUUGGUGGCAGGUCGAUUACAUGGUCGCGCUCAUCGCAUAGCCCUGCAGCUGCGUGUGCCGCGACCGGACGGAACCUUCGACCAAGGAGACUCAGCACUGGUGAGACUGGCAGUCGACGAAGUCAGAGACCCGAUCAACCCCAAUCAGAUCCUGCAGGCCCAUAUUCCAUCUGGCGUUCAGUGCUUGUGCAACGCGCUCAGAGAUGCCUUUGGGCAGAGCGAUCAGGACAUGGCUUCAUCAUCGCUCGACAGGUUCUUUGAGUGCAGACGGCACAAGAUGAGCUUUCAGGAGUAUGCGGUCGAGUGGGACAUGCGAUUGGAGGAAGCCGCCGAUCGAGCUGGAUUACAGAUCAACGAGGUUGCGAAGUUUUACCUGUUCUUUAAGAGCUCAGGUUUGCCGCCAAAGAUGAUCGACGACCUCAAGAUGCAGAUCGGAGGCAACCUCAAUCGCUUCGCAGAUGCCAGAUCCUUGGCUCUUUGCCUCAGCAACAAGAGUGAUGCACAGAGCGAUGUGUUCUACAACGAGGACUACUACCAGGAGCCGACAUACACGGAUGAGGAUUGGUACAGCCAGGAGUGGUACGAUCCUAUGGAGUGGAUCGGUGAGGACUACUACCAGGAGAACGAGGACGUCUACUACGAUUACGAAGAUGACGGCGACUAUGAGGACUACGAUGAGUACUAUGACCAAUCCCAGGUGGACGCUCCGUCGUUAUCAUCGACGACGGAACCAGGUGGAGAACAAUCGCCCAAUGCUGCAAAGAACGCGGAGGAAGUCCACGAGGAGUACUACGGGCAGCAGAAGGGCAAAGGCCGUAGCUGCUACAUUUGUGGUAGCAGAUAUCAUAUCUCCACUGAGUGCCCCAUGAACAAAGGCAAGGGCAAAGGAGGCAAGAGCAAGGGCAAAGGCAAAGGAUACAAAGGAGGAUACAAAGGAAAAGGGUACAAAG